AUAUAAUUCAAAGGGUGUUUCACAACACGGCUACAACACCACACCAUACAGCCGUCUCUGUCACGCUCAAGCCAUUCAGACUGCUGUUCGCAUCGUGUCGGUCGCUCUUUUGCUCUGUUCGUUCGGUCCGGUCCGCCUGCCUGCCCAGCAUUGAUUGAAAUCGAGUCACAAAAAAAAUAAUCGUCGCCGUAGUCUUCGUCGGGUCGCCGUUUACACGCGCAGUGCUAGAGCUGCAAUAUUUCGAGACAAGGGACACAAAUUUAAGCAAAGCAGAGCAAAUUCAAGUGGAGCGCAGCGCAGCCUUUGUGUUUCGUUUAUUUUCCAGCGAUUUUAGACACAAGUUCGGUUCCGUUUUCGACUCGAUAAAAGCAGAACAAAAGAAUCCGCGAACGAGCCAGAGCCACACAGACCAACCAACCAAACACUCACACACACACAACCAAACCAGAAAAUCAAAUUUCAAUCAGAAAAUGGCGUUAAAAAGAAUCAAUAAGGAACUGCAAGAUCUGGGCAGAGAUCCACCUGCACAAUGUUCAGCCGGACCAGUUGGAGACGAUUUGUUUCACUGGCAAGCUACAAUAAUGGGCCCGCCGGACAGCCCUUAUCAAGGAGGUGUAUUCUUCUUAACUAUACAUUUUCCAACAGACUAUCCCUUUAAGCCACCAAAAGUGGCAUUUACAACGCGCAUAUACCAUCCAAACAUCAACAGCAAUGGAUCGAUUUGUCUCGAUAUAUUAAGAUCUCAGUGGUCGCCAGCAUUAACUAUUUCAAAAGUCUUAUUAUCAAUUUGCUCUCUACUCUGUGAUCCCAAUCCAGACGAUCCGCUUGUUCCAGAGAUUGCCCGAAUAUAUAAAACCGAUCGGGAAAAAUACAAUGAGCUGGCACGAGAGUGGACUAGAAAGUAUGCUAUGUGAUGCGUUCCAGAUUGCAGUCCAACAAAAACAGCAACAUCAGCAGCAGCAACAACAACAGCACCAACAGCAAACACAACAACAGCGACAACAACAGCAACAAAGAUAACAACAACAUUUUACAACAAUAGUCAACAAAAUCCAAGGAGAAGGAUUAUCUGCAGCAUCAGCCGCAGCAGCAGCAAUGUUGUUAUUACUGGCAACAGCCGCCGGGCGGUUGACCACAACAACAAUAACAAGAUCAACUUGAAUAGCAACAACAACAACAACAAUAUCAGAAGAAGCUGCGGCUAUAGC